AUGAAAGUUGCAAGUGGGCCACCCCGCCCUGCCCGGCGACCGCAGCCUCUUGGCCCCGACCCCGUGCUGGCCGCCCUCGCGCUGCAGCUGCCCUCGACAGGGGACAUGCAGCAUUUUGCAACCCUGGCUGCAGGAUCCACCAGACUGGGCACCGUCGGAACGAGGAAGCUCCUAGGACAACUGAGCAAGAGAGUUUCCUGGGUUCCUUCCCGGCUGUGCCCAGAGCGCUGGGGGCCCACAGUCGCGCCCCGGGGCGCCAUUGCGUCAAGUGCGCAGCAGCAGUGGAAACGUCUGAGCCGGCGGGGCGGGAGGGGCCGGAGCGCGAAAUCCCGCCCAGGUACUGGAAGGCGCGCGGGGGCUGAGAAGGGAGGUUGUGCCUCAAGAGCGAUCACAGGUGUCCGGCCCGCUACGCGGGAUGGGGUGCAAGGACACAGGAUGGAGGACCCAUGUCAGGGACCGAGGAGCCUACCGCAAUGGGACGAGGUGGAAGGGUGCUGUGCCCAAGCUCACAGUGUGAGGCCAGGCCCACUGACGCCCAGGGCUCCGACGCGGACGCGGACUGCAUGGCAAUGGUGGCCCAGCGUGAGAGUCGCGAAGGUCCGCGUGCAGCCUUGUCUCGCCUCGGGACAGGAUCCAGACGAGGAGCAUUGGGGGCUGGAUCUGAGACUCAGGUGAUGGAUUUCCGGAGGACUGGCUCUGGGCGACUAUGUACUGCAGGAGCUGGAGACCCAGGGGAUGGAGAAGGAAAGGUCUGAAGCACAGGGACAUUAUACAGGAUGCGGCCUUGUAAAUGUAGAUUCAGGCUCAGAGCUCAAGAAACUCUGGAGACACAGUCUUACAGAGGGUUGUGAAGCAGGCGCCUGAGGAGCUGGAGGAAGAGGCAGAGCCCUGGACAAUGGUACUUAAGGGUUUCUGCCUCCUGCCACAUUCCAGAAGGUUCAGUUGCACAGGAGGAGAGUUAGAGGAGGGCACUUCGGUAGCAUUUAAGACUUGAGACACCAUUUAGGAGAAUAAUAAACUUUCAGGUUAGGUGGUGAGUGGUGACCUAAGAUAACAGUUGUUAUCUUGGUGGGGAUGGCCGAGGCAUUAUAAAUAACGGUCAAGUCUUCCUCAAGUGAAGAAGGGUAGAGGCUGUCCCACUGUCUAGCCCCAGAAGAGCUUUGCCUCAGUCUCUCAGGAGAGGAUGUAGUGGAUGGCUGCAAUUGUGAUCGGUCAAACUUCUUGACAAAUUGUCUAGAUGUGGGGGUGAGUGUUUCCAAGAAGGCAGAAUUUGGUUCAGAAAAUGAAAUUAGCUUGGCAUUUUAAUGCACACUUCCCUUACAAAGAGAACCUGUAGGGCCGGGGAUUUAGCUCAGGUGUUUGGUGGCCUACCUUGCAAGUGCAAGGACUCGAGUUCAAUCCCAGGUACCAAAAAAAAAAAAAAGAGAGAACCUGUAGACCUAGAUAUCCAGGUAGCUAGGAAUCAGAAGUGGGCUGACCCAGCAAUGGAGCAGGUUUCUCUCCAAAGCUUGGCAGUGUGUGCUCUUGGAGGCAGCUUGAGAGCGGCAGAAAUAAAAAUCAGAAACCCCAGGGAACUCCCAGCCCUGGAGUGAAAUGAAACCUUUUCUGUGAAUGGAAGUGAAAAGGGCAGCUGGAAAUCAUGACAUGGUUGGAAACAAGGCUCCAUUAUAUUCACAUUCAUAAUGUUCAAAACAACAACAAAAAUACCAGCAGACCACAGGACUGAGGGUGGGACUGGGAGUGGGAGGCCUGACUUCCUGAAUCUUCCUGGAGGUUCAGCUUCUGUGUGCAUUUGGGAGUGGGUCCACUGGGCCCAGCCAUCCCUCCUUGGUCCCUUCUAGAAUGAUACCUCACUUUCCUCCUACCCCUUUCCCCCUAAAUCUUUAUGCCACCAACACAGGGAAAGGAUCUGCUACUAGUUACUCAGUUAACCAGCUGGCAGAGUAUACUGGAGAAUGCUUCCUCCUCCAGCCAUCUAUACUGUCAAGCUUACUCACCUAUGAAUUUAGCAAAUAGGUGACAACACACGGUCCUAGGUGCUGAGAACAAAAAGACCAUCUCAGCCUGAGGGUUCAGGCUCCAGCUGACUUGUAUGGCAGGCUUGCAUUGGGUUGCCCAUCUAGCAUUCAUUCCUCUGAUUUUGCUUUGGAAAACCAUCCAAACAGCAGAGUCCAAGUGGGACUGAUCCUGCCAUCAGCUUCAAAACAGGUCAUCUCCUGGUUCUUGUUACAUCAGAUGGGCAAGUCCAAGCCACUGUAUGACUUUCUCCUGCCUGCUAUUACUAGUUUAGGGAUGAUCCAAUGUCAGGAGCAAUUCUACAUAAUUUUGGGGAAAAAUAAUUUCACUUUAAAUUAUGAUUAGGCCUAGUUUUCCUGCCUCAGGCUGGCAAUGGCAUGUAGACACAUAACUCCAUUUUUGCCUCUAGUCACAGCUAAAACUUCAGUGGUCCCAUGAACCUGUGACACUGCAGGACAGGAUUGCAUCAGCUAAAGACAUCCUGGUUCCUUGAGAAAGGUUUCAACUGGGGAAAGGAUAGAGGAUAGGAAAAGAAAAUCAUCGGGAUCCACAGACUGCACAGCACCGUAGGAACCAGGAAGCUCCUAGACAAAUUCCUAAUCAAUGUAAGUUCCUCCACGACCUAGGUCUUUAUCAGCAUAUAUUCCUCAUUGUUUUAGGAUUAUCAUUGCCCUCUGAGUCAUCUGUUACUCCCAAUGUGAUGAAUAAAGCUGUGGCAAGCUUGGGGUGCCUUUGUCUUUGCUGCCCAGAGCAGCACUGAUCAGGCCCAGCUUCUACCAGUCUUAUUUCCUGUCUAGUCAUUAAUUCACCUUGUACUGUUGUGGCUCACAGGACAUCAGAACUCACUGCAGGGGUUCUGGUAAUGUCUCCUUUCUCAGUUUCCUACAGUUCAAUUAAAGUUACAAACUCCGUGUCUAAAUGUGUUUAAUAUAAGCAAGGAAAUAAGUAAUUUCCUGGGCUGCUUGCAUUCUUCUGCAACCUUAAAAGAAAACUAAUGUGGGGAAGGCAGAACUGAGAGAAUUAGAGAAAGGGAAAUAUGGUCCUGAUCAACUACACCUGAAGCCUGUACUGUCACUUUUGUCAGUCAUGUGACAGUAAUCCUUCGAAUCUGAGAUGAACUUUUUUAUAGCAGGCAGCAUCUAACUGAAAAAGCAUAAGACAUAUACAAAUAGAAGAUAGAAUGUAGCAAGUGCCAACUGGAUGUGGGUGUGACCCUAUCUGUUUGGGAGGCCGAGACAGAGGGGUCAUAAAUUCAAGGUCAGGCUAGGCAAUUCAGCAAGACCCUGACUC